AUGCCGCUCCAGCUCAGCUACGUCUGUGCCUCGAUCGUUCGAUAUGUCACCAUGGUCGUGCCGAUCGCCGCCAUCAUCGUCGUGGGCUAUGUCGCGGUACUGCGCGGUGCUUUGGAGCCGUGGAACCUCUUUGAGAUCAACCGCGUCGUCGGCCACACGUGGAUCGGUCGGUUGUUGCUCGUCGUGCGCAGUGCGACCGCUUUCUGGCUGCUCAACGCAUCGCGGCUGAAGCUCGCGCGCGUCGGGGUCGGCCAUGUCUUGCAAGCACCCGCUCUAAGUGCUUUCAAAAUCAUUUUGGCCUCGUCCGAGCUCACGACGUACGCGCAUCUAAGUACGUCGAGCACGUGGCUGAGCGCGAUGCUGCUUUCGCUUUUGCUGCCGCAGUCGUCUUCGGCGUCCAUAAGCCGUGAGUGUGUCUAUCUAAACAUGGACGCCGCGCCCGACUGCACAAGCGCGAUCGUGGCCGUGGGCAGUCUGCGACAUUUGCUCUAUGGCGUGGCCGCCGCACUGACGUCGAUUGCAUCCCUGCUCUUGGACUCGACGAGCUACUUUAUGUUUGAUUUUACAAACUGGACGCAGCCACGUGGCAAGUGCUGCGUCGACUGGGCGUCCGGGUUCCUCGCGGGCUUGGUGUCGCUGCAUUUUGGCCACACCAUGUAUGUGUUCGAUAUCAAAAACUGGCGGCUCUCCAACCAAGUGCGUUGGCGCCAAAGCAAGCCUGCAGCGAUCGCGGAUGCGCUGGUGUCGAGCGUCAACGUGGACUGCCUCUCUCAUCCGAUCGAAGCCGCACCCGUGUCGCCGUAA